CAAUAAAAAACACCAUUUUAUUUUCUAUAGCUUCUCUUUUUCUAUUACAAAUGCAAAACCUCUCACAUCUUCUUCACUGAUUAAAAAGACCAACCAACCAGCCAGCCGCCGUUAUAUUACAGUCCUCAAAAGUACAGCGGCCGGAAGGUUAUUAGGGUUCAGGCGAUGGCAUCGGAGGAUGUGAAGUCAAGAAGCGAGAGUGCAGUUUCGACGAUCGUAAAUCUGGCGGAGGAAGCCAGAGAAGGAGUUAAAGCGCCUAGCGGUCAUGCUCUUCUUAGUAUCGCUAAGUCCUUAGUUGCCGGUGGUGUUGCCGGCGGCGUGUCGCGAACUGCUGUUGCUCCUUUAGAAAGACUAAAAAUUCUGCUUCAGGUUCAGAAUCCUCAUAGUAUAAAGUACAAUGGUACAAUUCAGGGCUUGAAAUACAUAUGGAGAACUGAGGGUUUCCGAGGAUUGUUUAAAGGCAAUGGCACUAAUUGUGCUCGUAUUGUUCCAAACUCUGCAGUCAAGUUUUUCAGCUAUGAGGAAGCGUCCAAGGGUAUCCUAUGGAUGUAUAGGCGUCAAACUGGAAACGAUGAUGCGCAGCUUACUCCAGUUCUACGUCUCGGAGCUGGUGCAUGUGCUGGAAUUAUUGCCAUGUCAGCAACUUACCCAAUGGAUUUGGUCCGGGGUAGGUUAACUGUCCAGACGGAUGCAUCUCCACAACAGUACAGAGGAAUCUUUCAUGCUCUUACAACAGUCCUCAAAGAAGAAGGUCCCCGGGCUUUAUACAGAGGCUGGCUGCCUUCCGUCAUUGGAGUAGUUCCAUACGUCGGUCUAAACUUUGCAGUGUAUGAAUCCUUAAAAGACUAUUUGCUCAAGAACAACACUUUUGGAUUAGUUCAAGACAAUGAGUUGAGUGUGACAACAAGGCUUGGAUGUGGAGCUGCUGCUGGAACUAUCGGUCAGACAGUUGCUUACCCUCUUGAUGUUAUCAGAAGAAGAAUGCAAAUGGUAGGUUGGAAGGAUGCUGCUUCAGUUAUCACUGGUGAUGGGAAGAGUAAAGCACCUCUUGAAUAUACCGGCAUGGUUGACGCCUUCAGGAAAACAGUUCGACAUGAAGGGUUUGGAGCAUUGUACAAGGGGUUGGUUCCCAAUUCAGUGAAGGUAGUUCCAUCUAUAGCAAUUGCAUUUGUGACAUACGAGAUGGUGAAGGAUAUUCUUGGAGUUGAGGUGAGGAUAUCAGACUAAUGGCUCGGAUAGAUAAAUGAACUUCCGUGCUUCAUUCAGUAGAGGAAAAAGGGAAUAUUAGGUCAGCAAUUUGAGGUUAUCUCAACUCCAGUUAUCAAGAAAUUUUUUUAGGAGCCGGCGUUUAGCAUAUGUUAAUAUAUUCCUUUCAUCUUAUAGUUAUUUCUAUGUAAACCCAUAGUUUUUUGUUGAUGUUCUAUUUAUCCUUUAUGCCAAUAAGUAUUUGCGAGUCAAUGAUGCUGCGCUUGCAUUCCAUUAGGUUUUUUUUAGAGAAUUUUAAAACAGUUUCACAUGUUCUAAAUGUGACGCCUAGUUUAUUUAUUAGGAUUUGACAUUUGUUUCUUCGAGUAUUUUUCUAUUUGGUGUUGUAGUUCUGUAUACAUUUUUCUUCCUUAAUAAGUUUCAAAUAUAAUUCAGAUGAUUUAAAUAGUUUA